UCUGCUGCUACAAAGAGUGCAGUGAGUUCUGCUUUUACUGCGAGUGGUGACGCCCCGUGCGCACUUCCAAGGUGUUUCCGCACAGGCUAUAACAGUCCUGACACCUGCGGACGAGAAUGAGACUCUCUUAGGUAUUAAGUGCGUAAAGGCAGAUGGACAAGUCUUUGUCAGGACGUAACGCAGGGAUUUCACCGCUGCCUCGCUUGUUGUUGCCUGGUCCAGGACAGGACACACACACACUGGGAGACUACAUGGAUUGGUGUAGUUGGUUGGUAGUGAGUCUUUUCCUGCUCUGGAUUUUCUGCUUUAUAGACGGCAACGCCGUGCUUGAGCUGCGGCUGCUCUUCCAUGCUCUGACUAAAGCGGCUUGUCACCUGUACCUGGCUCUGCUCCCACUGCGCCGCGCCGCCGCCCACUUCACCGACAGCGUGAGGUACCUGAUCAACCAUGCCCAGCAACCAAGCACCUCCCACGGCCACCCCCACGGUCAGCAGUCUCCGGACAAGAGAGCCAUGCUGCACGCGCUGGAGGGCUUGUGUGUCGUGUGCGAGACGGUGCCCAACCUGACGGGCGCCGCGCUGAGUUUAGGCGCCGCCUUUUGUCACGCGCUGCAGGGAUAUUUCUACAUAGUUGCAGAGACCCUGCGCACCAUCCAGGUCAACCUGUUCUCCCAGAUGAACGGCGAGAGGGAGAGAUGGGACCGAGAGCGACACAGAGCCAGAGAGAGCGAGAAAAAGCUCAGCUCCAAAGUGUUGGAAUACAUCUCUGUGUUUUGCCAAGACCCAGUCAGCGCUUUACGCAUCAAGGUCGACGCGCCGCCAGUGUACAGAUAAUCUCCACGUCAAUGUAAAGCAAUUCACCUGUUAAUUGGCACAUAAGAGGCCUUCUUACUGCUGAGGGGUUUACAGGAGCAGGCUGAGAGCUGAUGGAUGGGAUGGCUCUAUACCACGUUUUUGGUGUCCAAUACGAAUAUUUAAACCCAACUGAUACAGAUAUUAGUCCAAUAAUUUACAUAUUUUACACUACUAGGGCCCAGGUGACACUUUCCUUGUCUUUGUGUCCACUGACACUUUCCAGUUCAGUUGAAAGACAAAGGUAACCAUAGAAACUCAUGUACCAACACAUGCACAACUCGGCACUCAAAGAAUUUAAUGACACACAAAUGGAGACAAACUCCUGUGAUCAAGUAUGUGAUCAGUAUGUGAGGAAUGUAACACUGAUUCAAACCCUUGAUGAAUGAAUGAAUGAAUGAAACAAUAUGCAGAAAUGCAAAGCAGCUCUCUGUGAAUGCAGAGUGUAAAAUAAUGAUGUUAUGCUGAUGCAUUUACCAUCCAGCCACAUUCAGUAAAUUCAAAACCUGUUUACAGACAAAAUUACACUUGAUUUUUCCUAAAAAAAAAAAAAAAACAGGCUACUCACAUUCUCACAAACAGCUUCUCUUUACUGCUUGUGCUUCAUGAACUUUUAUCUGAUAUGUAGGGUUCCUUUGUAUCGGACCAAUACCAAAUUGAGAUUGAAAUGUAUUGGCUAAUCUGGGUUAAUUCACGGUUGCAGAGCGAAUAAUUAAAACAGAAUAAGAGGAGAAAUGAUACGUAAAUUUAAAAAAGCUAUGGUGCAUUUUGUUACUCUUGUUUUACAUGUGUUGAGUUGCACAGAGGUAAAAAUAAACAUGUCACAAACUAUUGAAUGAA